GGCCGAGGGAGAUGACGCCUGGUGAAGGCUGCUGAGAGCCUGCCCAGCCCCGCCGCAGGCCGAGCGGGUGGCCGCGCACUCGGGCUCCGGCAGCAUGGACGUGUCCGUGGAUCUGUACCUGGCCGUCCCGCUGCUCUUCACCGUCCUGGCCAUCGUCCUCGCCUCCGUCUUUGUGAAGCUGGGGAAGGAGAAGGAGGAGGAGAAGGAGGACAAGGAGAAGGAGAAGGAAGAGAAGGAGGUGGCGGUGGGUGAGCAGAAAUCCGCGGCCGAGCAGAAAUCCGCGGCCGAGCGGAGCCCCGAGAGCAUCCCCCGCCCGCCGCCAGCCGCCGAACAGCGGGAGCAGCAGCAGCAGCAGGAGGAAGAGGAGGAGGAAGAGAGCAAGGAGGAAGAUCCAGACUCAGACAGUGAGAAGCUGAUGGUGAAAGAGACGGAGGAUGAUGAUGCUGCAGAUGAGACGUUCUCUUUUAAGUACAGUCCUGGAAAGCUGAGGGGAAACCAGUACAAGUCAAUGAUGACCAAAGAAGAACUCGAGGAAGAACAAAGGGUUCAGAGAGAGCAGCUGGCUGCCAUCUUCAGGCUCAUGAAGGAAAAGAGUGACACAUUUGGAGAGAUGUCUGAAGGAGACAUGAAGGAGCAGCUUAAAUUGUACGAUAUAUAACCGUAUAGCCAGUGAAGACAAUGCCCAAAAGUCAUCUUGGCCGUUAUUAUACAGGACUACGGAGAUUGUAAUGCUAUAAAUGUGUUUCAGUAGUUAUUUUGCAUUUCCAGGUUGUUUUGCAAAUGCACACAGGCCUGUGCUAUGUAUUUCUUAAGACUUGCAGUUUUUCACCCUUUUAAUCAUUUUUUUCUUGAAGAACUGUAAUGGUAUUUUUGACUCGUAUAGAGAUUUUAUCUCUGGCUGAGCCAUAUGUCUCAGUCACAUAAACUAGUUAAACCUGUAACUUCUUCCUGGUCAUGCUCUGUAGGAAUGAACUUUCAAACCUAGUAAUGUAUUGGUUUGAAAGGUGAAGGAAGCCAAAGAUGAUAGAAGAGGGGAUUUAAAAUGGAUGGAAAGAAUAGUAUAGAGUAAUUCAGGUUGGUAGGGACAUGGGUCGGAAGGGACGUAAGGAGAUCUGUAGUUCAGCCUCCUGCUCAAAGCAGCAUCAGCUGUGAGAUUAGGCCAGGUUACUCAGGGCUUUAUCCUGUUGGGUCUUGAAAACCUCCACAGAUGGAGACUGCACAACCUCUCUUGGCAGAGAGGCUUCCAAUCCUACAGUUAGAAAACAAAUAGCCAAAGCCAAAGCAUUAGCGCUGAGAUUAGAUGUGAGCUGCCAUUCUCAUCUCCUUGAAAGGAAUACUUCAUCCUCCUUCACACUGGCUUUUUGAAACAAAUCCAAGAUGGUUCCGGCUGACCCUGCUGAGCUCAGCUUCAUGCCUGUGAAAACAGCAGCUGACUGCAUCCUGGGAGCAGAGACAUCUCUUCGCCUCUUGACACUGGUGAAAGCAGUGCAGAAAAGUGGCUGGCAUUUUUACAAGGACAAUUGUGUUCAACUCAGAUUGUGUUCUUGUAAUGCAAAAAUGAUGUGAGAAUCUAUGUACUUAGGAAAUCUCUGUGAAACUAUCAAGUGUUUUCAACACUUUUGAUCAAACCUUGGCGGCUUAGACAGAGUAAAUCAGUCAGCAUUCCUAAUUUAAA